AUGUUCCAUUCGAAUUGGACAUCUGUUACAUUCUUUUCCUUCUUGGGAUUUUCUCAUUAUCCUGAAGUUGAAGCCAUCAUAUUUGUGCUGUGCCUGAUGUAUCUGAUAACCUUGCUGAGAAAUAUCAUUCCGAUUUCCAUCAUCCUGGAUUCUCACCUGCAUACUCCCAUGUACUUCUUCCUCAGCAACCUCUCCUUCCUGGAUAUCUGGUAUACCUCUUCAGUGCUCACUCCAAUGCUCGCAAAUGUUUUAGGGGACACCACCAUUUCAUUUUCAGGAUAUGCUUCUCAGAUAUCCUUCUUUCUUGCCAUGGGCUCCACUGAGUGUGUGCUGCUUUCCAUGAUGGCCUAUGACAGGUAUGUGGCCAUCUGCCACCCCCUAAGAUAACCUCUUAGGAGGGUGACUGGGAGGGUCUGCGUGGAAAUUGCAGUUGGCUCCUGGGUAACAGGCUGCCUCACUGCCCUGGUGGAAACAGCACCUGUGCUGAAGCUGCCUCUCUGUGAUCAUAGUAUCAUUAAUCAUUUUCCGUGUGAAAUCCUGGCUGCCCUGAAGACAGCUUGCAUCGAUACCUCCAUGGUACAGUUCACAGUGCUGGUGAUCAGUGUCCUCCUUCUUCCCAUACCAAUGCUACUCAUCCUUAUUGUUUAUGCUUUUAUCCUCUCCAACAUUCUGAGAAUCAGUUCUGUGGGUGGUCGAAGCAAAGUCUUUUCAACAUGGGCAGCCCACCUGCCUGUAAGGGUGGCUCUUUCCUAUGGGACAGCUCUCUCCGUGUACCUGACGCCCUCUGCUGUAAAUUCAUGGGAAGUGGAUAAAUUCAUGGCUUUGGUAUAUGCUGGAUUAACUCCCAUGUUCAAUCUUAUUAUCUAUAGUCUAUGGAACAAAGACGUAAAAGAAGCUGUGAACUUGCUGAUUGAAAAUCAUUUUAGGAUCAUCUUAAUGUCUGUCAUCAAAUAA